GCCAAGGCCGGGGAACGCGGUUGGACGAUAACAGAGCGAAAUCGACCGACGCCAGCAACCACCCGCAACCACCCAGCUGGCCGGAUUGACGACUCGAAACGACGUCGCUGCAUGCCCCAGACGCGCCAGUGAUGGUUUGACGCGGGUGCAAGGAGCGAAAGACCCUCCUCCACCGAGACUCUGCCUGCUUGGCUGGCUGGAUUUCUGGAGCGAGAUCAGAGUCGCAACCCGGUCAUGGCCACGAUGUCGCUCCAGACUGCCGUUGUUGGCACCAACGGCCACGCCCAUGAUGCAAUCUGCAUCCGACAACGGCAGCCCGACCUUCGCCUGGUGACCGACGACGACUACGUCUACGAGCAGGACAUCCUCCGCAGCCCCGGCAGCACCAAGCCAUGGCUAGCCUACAUCAGCUAUAAAAUCCAGCACGGCACCCCCGAGGAGCAGGCCUUUGUGCUCGAAAGGGCCUGCGUGCAGCUGCCACGGUCGUACAAGCUGUGGAAGAUGUACCUCAUCUUUCGGACAAAACAUGUCACAAAGCUCAACGCCGCCGUCUUCGCCGCCGAGUUCCGCAAGGUUAACGCCCUAUUUGAGCGCGCACUCAUCCUACUCAACAAGAUGCCGCACAUCUGGGAGAUGUACCUAAAGUUCCUGAUGAAGCAGCCGUUGGUAACCCUUACCCGCCACACCUUCAACCGCGCCCUACGCGCCCUGCCGGUUAGCCAGCACAAUAGGAUAUGGGCUCUCUAUAGGCCGUUUGCGAACUCGGCCGGCGGUCUGACGGCCGUCAAAAUCUGGCGCCGCUACAUGCAGGUGCACCCAGAGGACGCCGAGGACUUUAUCGAGCUGCUGGUCCAGGUCGGGCUAUACACCGAGGCCGUGCGCAAGUACAUCGAAAUUCUCAACAAGCCGCGCUUCGCCAGCAAGCACGGCAAGGGUCACUACGAGCUUUGGAGCGAGAUGGUGGAGCUAGUCGUCGAGCACGCAACUGAGGUCGAGGCCAACCACGAAUCGGGCAUCGACGUCGAGCGCAUCAUCCGGAGCGGCAUCGAGCGCUUCGCCGACCAAAGGGGGAAGCUGUGGGUCGGCCUGGCAACGUACUGGAUCCGGCGGGGAAGCUUCGAGCGCGCGCGCGACGUCUUCGAGGAGGGCAUCACGACGGUCAUGACGGUCCGCGACUUCACGCUCGUCUUCGACUCGUACGCCGAGUUCGAGGAGUCGGUCAUCGGGGCGUUGAUGGAGGUGGCGGCGCAGCGGGCCGAGACGGGCGUGGCCGACGAGGCGGCCGACUUCGACCUGGACAUCCGCAUGAUGCGGUUCGAGCACCUGAUGGACAGGAGACCGUUCCUCCUCAACGACGUGCUGCUGCGGCAGAACCCCAACAACGUGACCGAGUGGGAGAAGAGGGUGGGCCUCUGGGGCGACAACAGCCAGGAGGUGGUCAGCACCUACACCAACGCCAUCGCGGCCGUCAACCCCAAAAAGGCCACGGGCGCCUUCCACCAGCUGUGGGCCAACUACGCAAAGUUCUACGAGCGGGGCGGCGACCUACGCAACGCGCGCAUCAUCAUGGAGAAGGCCGUCAAGGUGCCCUUCAAGUCGGUCAACGAGCUGGCCGAGAUGUGGAUCGAGUGGGCCGAAAUGGAGCUGCGCAACGACAAGUUCGACGAGGCGGUCCGCAUCAUGGCCAAGGCGGUGCAGGCGCCCAAGCGGUCGACGGUCGACUAUUUUGACGAGACGCUGUCGCCGCAGCAGCGCGUGCACAAGAGCUGGAAGCUGUGGAGCUUCUACGUCGACCUGGUGGAGAGCGUGAGCACGCUCGACGAGACCAAGAAGGUGUACGAGCGCAUAUUCGAGCUGCGCAUCGCGACGCCCCAGACGGUGGUCAACUACGCCACCCUGCUCGAGGAGCACAAGUACUACGAGGAGUCGUUCAAGGUCUACGAGCGCGGGCUGGACCUGUUCAGCUACCCGGUCGCGUUUGAGCUCUGGAACAUGUACCUGACCAAGGCGGUCGACCGCAAGAUCGGCAUCGAGCGGCUGCGGGACCUCUUUGAGCAGGCGGUCGAGGGCUGCCCGCCCAAGUUUGCCAAGAUCAUCUACCUCAUGUACGGCAACCUCGAGGAGGAGCGGGGGCUGGCGCGGCACGCCAUGCGCAUAUACGAGCGCGCCACGCGCGCCGUCUCGGACGAGGACCGGGCCGACAUGUUCAACUUUUACAUCACCAAGUCGGCCUCCAACUUUGGCCUGCCGUCGACGCGCCAGAUCUACGAGCGCGCCAUCGCGGCCCUGCCCGACGACGAGGCGCGCGACAUGUGCCUCAAGUUCGCCGACAUGGAGAAGCGUCUGGGCGAGAUCGACCGGGCGCGCGCCAUCUACGGCCACGCGUCGCAGUUCUGCGACCCGCGCACCACGCCUACCUUUUGGACCAAGUGGGAGCAGUUCGAGGUGCAGCACGGCAAUGAGGACACCUUCAAGGAGAUGCUGCGCAUCAAGCGCGCCGUUCAGGCAAAGUACAACACCGACGUCAACUUUAUCGCCUCCCAGGCCCUCGCCCGGAGCCAGCAGGCCCAGCAGCAGGCCAACGGCGGCGGCGGCGAGGACGGCUCCGACGCGGCCGGCUCCGGCGACGACGAGGUGGCCGACGCCAUGGAGGCCCUCGAGCGCCAGGCCCGCGCGCCCGUCGGCUUCGUGGCCGCCACCGAGGGCAACAUCAAGAGUGUGGCCCCGACUGUUGUGCCCAUCGUGGCGGCGAACCCAGACGCCAUCGACCUGGACGACUGAGGUAGAAGUUGAGGCGCUGAGAUGGUUCAAGUCGAGGCGCAGAUGGUCCAAGUCGAGGACGCUGAGCCAUGUACAUCCGAGAGUCCUUUUUUUCGAUACUGGGGGCGUGGACCGAUAUUUUUUUAUUUUCCGACCAUACCGUUUCUGAUUUGUUCUGGUAUAAUGGCGUCUCUUGGCAUGCAUCCCACUCCUUCAGACGGCACUGGCGCGUCGCCGAGGAGGAUGAGGAGGGCUCUUUUUCGUUUGUCAAUUUUUCCUUUCUUCAUUGAUACUUUUGGCAUUUCAAGCAGCCCGGGCAAUAAAUCAAACAUGCCCCUCGGAAGUUUGUUCGAUUAUAGCGUCCGAAACCCCAUUCAACUUUUUGAAUUGCACGUUAGUAGUCGAGCAAAGGCGGCGUGUGAAAAUGGCACUGAUACGACGACGC